UACAGUGUUUGUUUUUUUUUUUAAUUAACUGUUUCCCAGUGGGUUAGGGCAGGUUUAGUGGCUGUUUGCUGGGGAGUCAGCUGCCCAGCUAGGGCAGAGCCAAGGAGGGAAAGGAAGGAAACCGUACGUUGCAAACAUCUUGUGCUCUGGAAAUCAGGUGAGAGCUUUACAAAGGUCAGAUAAAUGAAGAUCAAUUGGAUAAGGGUAAUCUGAUUGGGAUGAGCAGCGCUGUCUCCGCGGGGAAGCGAGCCUUUCAGACCUGCUGGAAUUCUCCAAGGGCAGCGCUGGUUGGGGACGCCCGGUUGUGGAGAGCUGGAGAAGAGGAGGCUUUUUGUUCCCGUGCCGUGGUGGCCGGAGCUGGGCCAGGCUGCCCAGCCCCGGCUGCGCCGCUUGAGGACAAUGAGCCGCUUCUUGAAGCCGCCGUUUCUUUGCCCCAUGGAGGAAUGUCCCCCCGAAAUGUGGUGGACGGCAGCAGCCUCGUUAAAAGAAUCGAGCGAGGGGUGCAGCUCGCUGCCAUCGCCCGACAGCGGGGUCUCAGCCCGGUGCUGUUUCAGGGUGCACCUCCACGGCCGCCUUCGCCUCAUUCCCUGGGGCAGAGGAUGCUCCUGGCUGCUUCAGGGCUGCUCAGCCCCCUCCCCUCCAUCCCAAACCCAGCAAGUCACCGGCCACCGAGGGUUUGUGCCGUGUCCCCCAGCCCACGAAGCCGGGGACGGUCUCAGCAGGCAGCGGGGAGACACAUCGGGUCCCCACACGCCGCCAAGCAGCGUGUCAGUCCGUACCGCCGGCGUCAGCCCUGGCUGAAUCACCCGCCAGAUAUUCCCCGCACAAAGGACCCAUUUUCCUCUGGUUUUGCAGUGCGGGUGUCACCGGCUCCAACCCGGCGGCUCCCGGGGCUCCCACCCUAAAACCCGGGCCCUGGACCAAAAAUCCCCAUUGCCACGAGCCUUCUUCCCUUUUUUGCAUGAAUGCAAAAUGCUCGUUUUACAUAGUGAGGAAAAGGGAAGGGGGCUGCACAAACCCAGCAGCGAAUGCACCCGUGACGGCUGCUAUGAAAUGCAAAGCGCGGGACGAUGCCGGGCAGGGAGGUGCAAAGCUCCAGUCCCUGGCUCCAUAAAUCCCAAGUUUAAUGAUUGAAUUGUGCCCUGCGUGAAUCUCACGUCAAAAGGGAAUAAAUCUCUCGGUGUUUAUAGCCGUGGCUUUGUCACCAAUUAGGAUGUUGUUAUUGGAUUAGAUGCAAGUAGAUAGAAGCCUCCCAGGGCAAAGUCAUCCUUGGGGGAAAGCCCAGCGGCUGGUGGGGGAUGCAGCAGGACAGCGUUGGGCCAUGGGGGGGCUGAUCCUGCCGGCUGGGCUGGAGGUGGAGGCGGAUGCUCCCGGGGUUUAUCCCUGGAGGGAGGCACAUGGCUGAGGAUGGGCGCGGGAGCACCCAAAAUUCAGCUUUACAUUUCCCGCUUACUGCG